ACACACACACACACACACACACACACACACACACAGCUCCAUUGUUGCAGCCUUCCCCAGCCCACUGAUCCUAAUAUGGAAUGCAGCAGGAAACCCAUGAUUUCCUGACACUCAGCAAGCUGGAGGAAGCAAGGAGAAACUCCAUUAAAAAGCUCAGCUUUCCUCCAUGUUAGGUAUGAAGUGGAAAAUGAGGAAGAUUUAACAAAACUCCACUGUCUCUAGACAGGCUAGAGGGGCAGUGGUAGAGAGAAGCCUGCAGGCUGCUGAAAUUUCUAGUUAGGGAAUCCCUAGAUGUCUAUGAAAAUGAGGGCUUCUUAAUUCAAAGUGAUAAGAAAAAAAGGGGCAGACCUUUUCAGUGAUUUCCUGAAAUGUGUGUCACCUCUCCCUGCCAGCAUGGCAAGCAAGAGCGCACGUGUUAGCCACCUCGGACACAUCUGUGUGAUCCAAGGUAGUCAAAGUCAGGCAGAGUGAUCACCAGCCUGAGCUCACUCCCCCCUCCCCUUCAUGGGCUUGGGGAGAAGGAGGAGAAGCAACAGCAGCAGCACAGCCGCAGCAGCAGCUGGAGCCGAAAGAAUGAACUGCAAGGAGGGAAAUGACAGCAGCUGUGGCUGCAGUGGCAGUGAAGAGAAGAAGAUGUUGAAGUGUGUGGUGGUGGGGGACGGCGCUGUGGGAAAAACCUGUCUGCUGAUGAGCUAUGCCAAUGAUGCCUUCCCAGAGGAGUACGUGCCCACUGUGUUUGACCACUAUGCAGUUACUGUGACAGUGGGAGGCCAGCAACACUUGCUCGGACUGUAUGACACUGCAGGACAGGAGGACUACAAUCAGCUGAGGCCGCUCUCCUACUCCAACACUGAUGUGUUUUUGAUCUGCUUCUCUGUUGUAAAUCCUGCCUCUUACCACAAUGUCCAGGAGGAAUGGGUCCCGGAGCUGAAGGACUGCAUGCCUCAUGUGCCUUACGUCCUAAUAGGGACCCAGAUUGAUCUCCGUGAUGACCCAAAAACCUUGGCUCGGUUGCUGUAUAUGAAAGAGAAACCCCUCACUUAUGAGCACGGUGUGAAGCUCGCAAAAACGAUUGGAGCGCAGUGCUACUUGGAAUGCUCCGCCCUGACUCAGAAGGGCCUCAAAGCCGUUUUUGAUGAAGCCAUCCUCACCAUUUUCCACCCCAAGAAAAAGAAGAAAUGCUGCUCUCGGUGUGUCAGCUGCUGUUCAGUUAGCUGAGGUGGCUUGAGACAGGCCUCCACCCCACCUCAGGGCAGCCAGUUUCUGUCACCACACUCAAGCAAACCAGUAGGGCAUGGCCAGGGAGUAAGUCCCUUCACACAGAGGCUUGCUCCUCUGCCCUUUGAGUCUCCCAAGCACAGCAUAUAAACCAGCCAACUGCCACCGCCUCCCCACCAGCCAGAAGCAUCCACAUCGCACACUCUGUAAGAUGCUGAACCCUGGUGGCAGGCCGUGUUGCUGCCUACCAUGUUGGAAACAGAAUCAAAGGCAUCUUGCAUUUUAAACCUCACCCUCCCAGGAACGUAAAAUCAUCACAGGAAAAUAAGAGAGGACUUGGUUCCUGUGUUGGUGGCCUUACAUCUUACCUUUGACAGAAUACAGAGCUACAAUACCAGCCCUUUCUUUGUUUUCCCCAGAAUCUGCUGAUUUACCCAUGUGUCUUAUAUUUACUUGUAUUAUUUUAAGAAAUGUACAAAUUCACCGGUUGACUCAGGCCUUACAAAUCCAUACCAAAUCAGCCAGAAGACAGGGUGUUUUAUAUUCCUUUCGAUUUUCAGCAUUUUGCUAUCAAAGUGAUCAGAACAUGUACCUCUGAAUGCCUAAUUGCAAGAUAAAGGAAAAACAUGAAAACUUUGAGAAAUACCAGAACCAUGACUUUAGACCAAGUUGGGGGUAAAAAAGUAUUCUCGGAAUUGUUGCCAAAGAUUCACCCUGGAAAUGCUUACAUCAAUGGGUAGCCUUACACUUUCAUGUAAUCUUGUCAUAGCAAAUUACAAACAGACUUUUAAGGACAUUUUCAGUAUUUAAGAGAGUAGCAUUUCUGAUUUUCAAUCAAACUGAUGGUGGGGGUGGGGUGGGGAGGACACACACAAUAUGGUAGUGACUAAAUUGGGUGUUUCAUUUUGUUUACCAGAUCACUGCUCAGCUCUGGUUUAUGGUGGUGCAGGGGGGGACUGGGAGUUCUUAGGAGCCUCAGGCAUGAGAGUCUCUUUGCAUAUUUGCAUAACCAUUAUGUUAUCUACCCGCCCCCCACCCCCCCCACACCCCACACCCCCCCGCAGCCCACUUUUAAAAUAUUCUUUAUUUAGCAAAAUGAGCUUUCCUGCUCCUUACCUUCCUUGUGUGCUCUUUUUCUCCUUUGAUCUCACACCUUUUGGCAAACACAGCUCCCUUUGCUCCCCUCCUCUUCCAAUAAUAACCUGACCUAAGACAAGGAUCUGGCCACAGAGUAUGCAAACAGUAAAUGUUUAAAAGUCCCUAACAGCUGAAGUGCCUCAAUGUUUCCACUGCUUAAACUCAAAGUGUUUCCCAUUCUAUUUAAAUGACAUUUUUCCAACUACAUCUGGUACUAAAAUACUGCCUCUCCCUAUUUUUCAUGCCCAUUGUCCUAAGGGUGUAUUUAGGAGCUAGAUCUGUGGGUAUCUGUGGGUCUCUGCCUACCCGAGGAAUACAGCUGCACAACAGAACUUUGAUCCUAGAGAAGUAAAAUCUCUCAGUAAGGAGUGUGUACCCCUUUCUUCAUAACUUCCAAACAGCUGGGGAUUCCUGUAUCAGAGUGAGUUACAUCCUAGCUUUUAAUUAGAAGCUAUGAAAACUUCUAAUUAGUCAUAGUUGCUUAAAAUUAUCCUAGAAAUAAAUACCCAGGUAGGCACUUAUAUUUUUUAUUCCAGUUGUAUAAGGAAAAGCCUCAUUGCAGCACUUCUAGUUUACAAUCUUCCAGAUUCACACCCCUUCUGUUGGAAGAAUUCGGUCUUUCCAUUCUCUUUGGCUCCUAGAGGAAACUCGUUUUUAAAGGAGCUUAUGGCAUGGGUCUUUUUUGUAAGACCUUUCAUGCCAAACCUGCAGAUUUGGGGGUUUUGUUUGUUUAAAUAUUCUUGAAUGUUUUCCCCUGUUCCACAUUUCAAGUUCUAUUUUCUUUGCCCCCCCCCAACAUUUAGUUACUACUUAUUUUCUUACAUCCAUAUGCGCACACACACAAAAUCUAAAAGAAAAACUGGAGUUUUGUAAUUCAAAGCUUGACAUUUAGAGAAAACAAGGACUUUCUGCCUUUGUAAAUGGAAAUCAUUUGUGUAUCAACUAUAGCUCUGCAGAGGUUAUGAAUUCAUCCUUUGCAAACAAUAAUAAGCAUUUAGCCCCGUAAUAAAUGGAGUGCUGUUAGCCA